AUGCUUCCGAACUCUUCUAAUUUUGCUGGGUUGCAAGAACAGAAAACAAUUAAUCCUAGUUUUACUAUUUUUUUUGCUGCUAACAAUCAUGAUAAUUGCCGAUUUGGCAUUGCCACUCCUAAGAAAUUAAUUAAACUAGCCGCAGACCAACUACCAAAAUUAAAAGAUUUAGAUGAAGAAAUUGAAGGAUUAGCAAAAAAAAAUGACCUUAGCGAAGAAGAUAUAAAAACGUUAGAAAGCAAAAGGAAAACCUACGAGGAAAAUCUUGAAAAAGCCAAGAAAAAAACUAUUGAAAAUAUUCAGUACCAACUAAAAGAAAAUGGAUUAACUGCUGCUGACCUUAAUGAUAAUCGAAACUGA